CCUGGCAGUGUCCAUCAAUGCCACCUUCAGUGCCGCCUAACAGUGCCAGUCAGUGCCACCUAUUAGUGCCAUCAGUGCCUCCUCAUCAGUGCCCAUCACUGCAGCCUAUCAGUGCCCAUCACUGCAGCCUCAUUAGCACACUUCAGUGAAGGAGAAAAAUAACUUAUUUACAAACUUUUAUAACAGAAACUAAAAUAACGUUUUUUUUUUCUUUUCAAAA